AUGGAAAGCGAAGGUCGAGUGCUGCGGCCGCGGGCGAGAAAGCCCUUUGAGCUCCCCUCGGCUGAUUCCACGGCUCCCCCGACUCCGGCGCCAGAAGAUGCAAACAAGGAGAUGUUUCCAGGCAAUAGUAAUGGCAACGAUACCGGUAACGGCAGCUUGACUGCUACUAUGGACAAGGAGGGACUGGCGCAGUCCAGCCGAACAAAGUCAGAUAUCAACUUGACCUCCUCUACACUGCUGGGAAUCUACUCGCCUACUGCGUUUGACGGCGGCCGAGAAGAUAGAGACAUCCCCGGGACAACGCCGUGGGGAACAGGUGCGCAGACUCCUAAUCUACGAGGGUCAGGCAUAUUUGAGAACGGCAAUGGUGCAAAGGCAAGCGGAAACGGUGCUGUGAACAGAUUUUCCGAAGAGCAGAGGAAAAGGAAGCUUCACAAGCAGGAGCAAGACCGACAACGGCAGAAUGAAGUGCGUCGUAGGCAGCGCGGGCUUGUCCGUGGUUAUUUGCUGCCUGCCUUGCAACAGAGCGGACUGUUGUUCCUGUUCGGUGUGACAUUUGGUGUCAUUAUUAUGCAUCUACACGAUAGUCCGCAGAUGGCGGACCUGUUGCCGCUGCACAUCCCCGUGCGAGUGGAAAUCAUCAACUUUGGCCUAGAGUGGUGGCAUUACCUAGUGUUCUGGGGAGUGGCCGGUGUUGCACUGGGUAACCUGCUACCUUGGUUCGAUCUUAUGUGGGAAGACUUUAUGGGAGAGAACCCCGUCAAGGGAAGUAGUGAAGCUGGCUGGAACCCAAUGGUGCGCAGCAUCGGUGCCUUUGUGGGAGUUGCCUUCGCCAUUCGAAAACUACCAUGGCAGUCAUCGACUCAGGUCUGUUUGACACUUGCGCUUGUGAACCCGUUCCUCUGGUACCUUAUCGACCGCUCCAAGUCUGGCUUCGUCCUCUCUACGGCUAUCGGACUGACAGGCAUGAUGGCCCUACUGGAGAUGAACCCCGACAUAAUAUUUUCCCCCAGCAACGCCGCCGAUGCCGUAGAUGAGACCGUAUUCGGAAUAGCCGGCCUGACCCUCACACAAGGCCAGCUCGCAGUCGGAACAUGGAUUGCCAGCGUUCUCUUCUGCAGCUGUGUUUGCUUCGGCAACAUUGGGCGCAAACUCGCAUAG